GUUAUUGUUUACACGACACCCGCCGCAUAGCCACCGUCGUUAACGCGCUACGCUCGAUUCGUUGCAUUCACGAAAUACAAUUCACACUUUCGGGCGAGCUAAAACAGACAAAACAUACCGGCGGGACUGUGGGGCGUAUAAAAGGCAAAAAUAUACAUAUUUACAUACAUAGCGGCUGUCUUAAGAUCCCAUUAAGAGGCGAUUAUAUUUAGAGCAAAUACGACAAUUCUCCAAAUGCGACAAUAAAGGCAUGCUUACACACCGACAUACUAGUAUGUAGCAUGUAACAAGACGACGCACCGAGUGAUCAUACAUAAUACUUAUAAGAGCAGUCCAAGCGCUUACUCGAUGACACGAUCAUCCGAACGACAAGCAGUCAAAUUGAGCGGGAGCAGGUCAGACGGCGCAUAACGUAACGUGCAUUUAACCGCAAAGUUCAAAAGCAAAACAACGCGUGAUCGGAACGAAACAGUGCGAAUCACCAAACGCGAUCAUUGUGAACAAAAUAUACGAGUGCUAAGGAGAUUAAUUUACAAUAAAAGUAUAUUCGUAAAUGUGGGUGUUUAGACGCUAAAAAGCGGUGGAAAAGUUUGAAGUGUAUAAUAAAAAGAAAAUAAAUCCCAGACACAUAGUGCCAUUUGAAGUAAAAGGACUUAAUUUUUAAAGAAAGAAUUAACAGUAAAUAAAAAGAGAGAUAAUUAAAUUAUUUUUGAAAAAAUAUUUUCGAAAAGUUAAAAAAAAAAAAAAUAUAAAUAAGCUAAAAAUAAAAUAAAAAUAUGACGAGCUACGACAGCGCCGACAAAUCGGCAAAAUCACAAAUGCUGCCGCAGGAUGCCACACAAAUCAUAAUGGAAUCGGCAAAACCUUUCACCAGCGAUGCACUGCGUCGCAGUUCGACGCCACACACGGUGGGCGGUAAAGUGAAGAAGGCGCUACGCAGUCGGCUCGAAAUACUCAAUUGGAUUGGCGAUUAUAAUACGGAAUGGGCUAUGAGCGAUUUGAUAGCCGGCAUUACCCUUGGUCUCACCAUAAUUCCCGAGAGUAUUGCCUGCGCGCUGCUAGCCGGUCUACCGGCACGUUAUGGUCUGUGUUCGGCCUUUUUGGGCUCCUUCGUCUAUCUGAUAUUUGGUUCGAUAAAUAAAGUGAUCAUUGGUCCUACCAGUCUGGUAGCUCUGGUCAGUUUACAAUUCACUGUCGGCAAGCCAAUUGAGUUUGCCAUAUUGCUCACCUUUCUCACCGGUGUUGUGGAGCUGAUAAUGGGUUCGUUGCGCGUGGGCGUUAUCUUCGAAUUCCUCUCAGUACCAAUCAUUAAGGCUUUCUCCUCAGCCACAGCUAUACUCGUAAUCGAAUCACAGAUUAAGGUUAUGCUGGGCGUCAAAUACCUCGUGUCGGGUUUCAUUGGUUCUGUAGCUACGCUGUUGCCUAGGCUUCCAGAUACCAAUGUUGGCGAUCUUGUAAUGGGCCUCUUUGCUGUUUGUUUUCUGCUCGGCGUUGCGCAAAUGGAAAAAUUGGCGAAUAAUCCAAAAAUGAAUCCCAAAUUGAGCACCGUGUUGCGUUACUUAUCAUUCUCACGCAAUACACUUGUGGUUAUAAUCACCGGCGCCGUAUCAUACAUCUGGCUUAGCGAGGAAAGCACCGUACCAUAUGCGCUGAGCGCCAACGCGCUCGCUGGACUACCCAACUUUACCAUACCGGAAUUCUCGGUGGUAACGCCGGAGAAAACAUAUACAUUUGUCGAUAUGUUAGCCGAAUUGAAUGUGGGCAUUAUUGUUAUACCCAUCGUGGGCAUACUAACGAACAUCUCAAUUGGCAAACUGACUCCUAAAGGCAUGGUCGAUGCUAAUAAGGAAUUGAUUACAGUGGGUUUGUGUAAUCUUGCGGGUUCCUGUGUACAAUCGAUGCCUGUUUCCGGCGCUUUCUCGCGCUAUGCCAUCAGUAAUGGUUGUGGGCUCAAAACGCCAAUGGCCAACUUGUAUUUAGGCGCCAUUGUGCUGCUGGCGCUUGGCUUUCUCAGUCCCUACUUCAAUUACAUACCCGAAUCAACGCUCGCCGCCAUUUUAAUGUGUUCCAUUGUCACACUUUUGGACUUGAAGCUGCCCUGUCGCUUGUGGCGUGAUGCCAAGCGCGAUUUCUGCGUUUGGGUAUUAUGUUUCACCGUGUGCAUACUGUGCGGCGUAGAAGUAGGACUCUUGGUCAGUAUUAUAGUCACAGUGCUGCAUUUGCUAUUCAUGUGGGCGCAUCCGCAGAUCUCAGUGAAAAUUGAAGAGGUAAAUGAGCUGCAGUAUAUACGCAUUACGCCCGUCGGCGUCAUCUAUUUCCCCGCCAUCAAUCAUUUGCGCGCCAAAGUGAUGAAAGCCUGCGAACGCGUCCACUUCAGUCUGCCGGUCGUCAUGGACUGUCACAAGAUUACCGGCAUUGACUUCACCGCAGCGCAGGGUAUCUCGAAGCUGCCCGACGAUCUGUCACAGUCGGAAACGGGCGAUGGACCAUUGUUGGUCAUACACCGACUCGGCGCGGAUAAACAGAAACUAAUUCAAACUUCCGCCAAGCUGAUAUUCUGUGACGACGACGAGCGUUUGUGCGAAAGCAUCACUCAAGAGUCGCUAAAGAAUGGCAAUGUGGUGUUAAAAGAACAAGAGAAAUCUAUAAAUGGGGUACUAAGUGAGACCCAUUUAGAUUUGCAUUACUAAAGCGCGAAGACAAACAAGAAGUCCGGGACACACAGAGUAUACGCAAGUGGGUCUAUGUGAUAACUAGUGAAAAUUAAUAGAAGAAAAGCAA